AUGUCGACCCCGGUACAAAUACCUUCCGACGAACCUGCAGUACCGGCGAUACCGGUUGAAGUCACCGAAACCGAUCCCAUCCCGGACCAACCAAUCCCGGAAAAAAAGUACGGACCGUAUCUAGUCUCAGACCGUCGUCCAAUCUUCCAGUACUCUGUCGUCCGAAACUUAUUCCUGCAAUCCCUGCCGGAGUAUCUAGUCGACCAAAAUGAAUUCAACACCCAAUACUUCUCGAAGAAUUUCGGAUUGAUGCUCUACACCGACGACGAUCAACCGGACUGGAAAGCCUUCGCCGAUAAAGUAAACGAAUUAAACGAAAACGCGGAGCCAGAUGAAUGUUACAAAGUCUUUUACCUCGCGAGACACGGGCAAGGCCCGCAUAAUGAAGCAAUUGAGCAGUACACGCAAGCCGUAUGGGAAACAAAAAUUGGCAUGCAAAAGGAAUAUAAAGGCCUAAGAUUGGGACCCGACCCAGACCUCACCGAUAAGGGCAAAAACGAAGCCCUCUCCAUCGGCAACAUCUGGAAAACCCAACUACAACAUCACUCCCUCUUCGAAGCCGGCGCCUUACCCCAAAAAUUCUACGCCUCACCAUUCACCCGCGCCCUUCGCACCCUCGAACUAACAUGGCAAGACAUCGUUCUCGACCUACCGGAUGCACCAAGAGUAAAAAUUCGAGAAAACCUAAGAGAAACGAUCGGAUAUCAUUGGUGUGACCAAAGGGGGGUUAUGAAGGAAGUUAAAGAGGUGUUUCCAUGGAUUGAUCUUGAAGAUGGAAUGCAUGAUGAAGAUAAGAUUUGGACUGAAACGAGGGAGGAUGAACGUUGUGGGUCGAUGGAUAAUCGGCUCAGAGAGGUUAUUGAUGAUAUCUUUAUGGAGGAUGGUGAGACUUUUAUUAGUAUUACCGCGCAUAGUGGAUGCUUGCGGUGUGUCAUGAGGGUGGUCGGCCAUCGAAUCUUUGGGCUCUAUACUAGUAGGAUGAUCCCGAUUGUGGUUAAGGCCAAGCUGCUCCCAGAGUUCAAGGACAAGGUCAAGCUUCCUGAACGAGUUACAGGCCUUCCUUAUAACUACACACCAAAGAAUUACGAAUCGCUCAAGAGGAAAGAAUUCGACGGAACCCCACCACCAACGAACGGUACGAAGAAGGUACAAGUAGACGGUGUUGAUAAACACUAG